CUACGGUGAUUCGGGUGCCGUACGAUGCCUUCUCGAUUCCUCGGUAGCGAGUUUCGGCAAAUAGGAGCGGGUGCGCAACAGCCGGGGGCGGCCCGUGAACAGGUGGGCCAGUCUGCCUUCCGUUUCCGGGCGAGCGACAUGUCCUGUUGCCGGCACAGGAGGAGGCACUUCCUCACCGGCUUGGGGACCAGAGGUAUUUUUUUGGAAGGAAAUUAUCGAGAUGACCACAGAAUUUAAGAGAAAUAUUACCCUGUAAAUUGUCAUAAUAAACAAGGU